UGUCAAUGUCACAACCUCAUAUCGUGUCAUGUCUGUCACUUUUUAUUUACCAUGUCAUGAGCUUGGAUUUACGAAAUUUUAUAUAUCUACGUUAAUUACCUUGAAAAUAUAAAUAAUUAUUCUAGUUUUUUCCAAACAAAGAUGGUAUGGAGGACAACUCUAUAUCCUGUAAAAAGCCUACAUGGCAAAACUGUGUUCACUGUCCCAGACUACUUUUCACUUCUGCCACGGAAUUUGAAAGGCAUGUUCAAGAAAAGCACAGCAUUAAAGAAGGAUCAAUCAUACUCUGUCAAUAUGGUCAAAAUGGAAUGUGUUCAGCUUUGCAAUUCGGUGAUUUGCGGAAAGCGGGCUUUAAGUAUCAUGUAAGAGAAUAUCACUUGUAUACAAAAGAUUUGAAUGAUGAUUGGACCUUCUAUUCUUCCUCACAAAACCUUCCAGCAGUAUUAAACGACCCCAAUAGAGGUAAACAGAGCAAUUUCUUCACGAAGACAUGGGGUGACAGUUUUAUUGAAAAGGUUGAUAUAUACCCUAGUCCAUAUUUACCUGAAAUCACUUUAGCACAUUUUGAAUCAUACUGUAAGAGAGUUGCAAAGAAAUAUCGCCGUCAUUGUAGGCUCAAAGAAACAAUUCCAGUUAAAAACAAAACUCCUGUAGUAGAAAAUGUUUGUGAAGUACCUAAUAUAUUUUAUGAACAAUCAUUGCCAUUGAAUGACCCAGAGGUAUUUAGCAAAGUUUUUCCUAGUCUAUGUAAUUCUGAAGAACCUAGUUCCGCAAUAAGAUCUCUUCAGGAAGUAUUGAGUACAUACCUAGAUGUUAUAGAGAUGAAAAUCUCAAAACAAGUAGCCCAAAAAUCAGAUGCAUUUUUUCAUGCAAUGUUGUCUCAUGAUACAAUAAUGGAGCAGAUGGCAAGAGCAGUAAAUACUGUUAGAAAAACUAGAAAAAAUAUCACAGAUGUAAAAGGUAAUUUGACUGAAUGUCCCCUGAAACUAGCAAGCUUGACCAGGAUAAACCAUAAUCUCAUGAAUGUCCAUGAACUGUUAAAAUUAAUGGGUACUGUCCAACAAACUCAACCAAUGAUACAGCUUCUUUUAAGCACAUCCGAUUAUGUAGCAGCUUUAGACUUGAUUAGUUCUACACAAAAAGUAUUGUCUACCCAUUUAUCAGGCAUUCAAGCAUUUCGUCACUUAUCUCCACAAUUAGCUGAAAUGAAGCGAUUAAUACAUAAAAUGUUAAGUAAUGAAUUUUUAAGAUUUAUUGUCACUGAUCUAAACAGGCCUCCUAAGGAUGACACAGAAAUCCCUGAAAGAGAAAAAAUAUUAUCUAUAGUCUCAGGAAUUCUACGUCUUAAAGAAUUUGAUUUUAUAGAUACUUUUAAAGUAGAGGCAAUGACGUCUAUUCAAGCAACAAUUAAGCAAUGUGUUAUAGAAAUAAUUUCUGAAAGGGAUGGGAGCACAGAAAUUGUGUUAAGAGGAUCUAAUUCUGAUAAUACAUGGCUUUUAUGUAAUGAGGGAAUUACAUUCCUACAGAAAGUUACCCCAAACUUGAUUACAUUAUUUAAGAGAAUCCUCUCUUUAAACAAUUUAAUAUUGGAAAUUACUCAAAUGGAUGAUGUUACUGGAAAUGACAGUGAAGAUGUUUGGACGCCUGAAGAAUUACUUUCUGUAGAAGACAAAUUGAAAAAAAUGAUUGCAUCACUCUCUGACUACUGUAAUGAGCGAUGUGCUAACCUAAUAGUAACAAAAACUGACAAGGAUUAUAUUUUUUCUGAUAUGUCACAAUUAUCAAUACUAUCCAAACUUAUAGAACACUUCUGUGACGAAUGUGAAAAAAUCACUGGACAUAAUAGUAAUGCUAUGAAACUAGCUCUAAGAAGCUAUGCAAUGAAGUACAUUCAAUGUCUACACACUGAAAGGAGAACCCAACUGACAACCGCUCUUAACACAGAGAGAUGGAAAGCUGCAGAUGUUCCAUGUGAAUUACAAAGUGCAAUAAACAAAAUAUAUGAAUCAGGCGAAAUACCUAAAGCUCUGCAAUAUGAUAGUGGGAAACCAGAUGGAAAGUAUUUAUUAAUAAAUAAGGAAAGUUUUGCAGUUGUUGCAACAGUGCAGUUAUUACUAAAGAUUUUACUUGAAUAUUGUGAUGCCACCAAGCAGUCUCCUGUAAUUGUUCAGUAUUUGGUACACUGCAUGUUGGAAUUGAUUCGACUAUUUAAUUCUCGGUGUUGCCAAUUGGUGUUGGGUGCUGGUGCAAUACAAAGUGCUGGACUAAAGACAAUCUCUACAUCUAACCUUGCUUUAGUUUCCAGAUCUUUGCAGGUUGUAAUGUGGUUUCUACCCAAAAUAAGAGGAUUGCUUGAAAAAGAGCAUUCUAAAGAACUGUCACUCAAUGGAUUUAGUAAUAUAGAAAAUGACAUUGUAAGCCAUAAGCAGGAAAUAGAGAAUAAGAUUUGCCUAAUAGUAAGUAAUAUGCUAGCAUCUCAGCUUACAGGAUGGGAUGCCAAACCUCCUGUACCAUCUCAAACAUUCCGAAAUAUUUCUAAACACUUAGUUAAAUUACAUGAAGCUCUUAUUGAUAUAUUACCUAAUGAACAAAUAAGGACCAUUUACAAAAGAGUACAUGAUAACUUCAAAGAUAAACUUAGAGAACAACUGUUAAAAAUGAACAUAGUAGCAAAUGGCAGUCCUCAACAUGGUGUAGUCACUUCUGAAUUAACUUUUUACUUACAAACUCUCAAGACAUUGCGGGUAAUUAAUGAAAAUGACGCCGAGGACAAUAUAUUGUAUGAUAUUUGGUUAAACUAAGGUAACAUAUUGUUUAUGAUAUAGAGAAUAUUCUAGCCAUUUUGUAUAAAAUACUUAAUUAUUUCCAAAUACUAUUUAUUACUCUAAAUAAGUACCUACAUAUGAACACCAUUUUACAAAUUUGGCAAACACUACCUUGUAUAAAGCCAAAAAAAGUAAUGUUAUGAUUAUUAAAACCGAUGUGUACGCACCUAUUAUGUAAAUAAAGUGUUUAAUAAGUUUAAAUGAA